AUGAAUAACCUUAAUGAUUCAACGUCGUUCAUUCCAUUCUAUAGAUCUACAUGUAAUAUACAUAGAAUAAUUCUUAAAAAUGAUCUUGAAACUCUUAAACAGAUUUUGUCCGAUGAAAGGCGGGAUUGCCUCAACGAUUUGGAUCAUUCUGGAAGAACCUCGCUUCAUGUGUCACUUCUUACGGCCAACCCAAAGGCACUAUAUUUGCUUUUAUACUAUCCUCUGAUUCACCCAUCUAAAAUAUUUGCUUCUUCCGACUGGAUUGAUAACUUGAAGGAAAAUUCGGCCCAAAGUGUUAUGUGCUGGGAUAAAAACGAGUUCGGAGAUCAGUUUUUUACCGAAAAUUUCGAUACAAAUUUUCCUUCAAAACAAAAUUUUACCAUUAUCAGAGAGUUCAACCAGAUUCCCAUUGGGGAAAUGGAUGUAAAUGACGGGAUUGAGUAUAUAUCAUCAGAGUAUAUAGAUUAUACUAAGGCGAGACUUGGGAAGAAACCACUUUCAUCUCCGAACAAAACCCUAUCAGAAUACUUAAAUACUCGUUUUACAAACGAUGAUCGAAACUUAGUGAAUGGUUAUUGUCAGAAAGAGGUUGAAAAUCUGUACGAAGAGCACUACAAAUUCAUUGUAGGUGAGACUCACGAGCUUGAAACGGCAGUCAAAAAUUACUCCCAAAAGUACGACCAAAUUUACAACUGGCCACCUUCCAGGGUACAAUGGAAAGAUUUUAAAAAAAAACAUAGACUAGAUAAUUUUGGACAGUCAGUUGAUCCUGUUAAAGCUACAGAAAAUCAACUGAGUUAUGAAACAAGUUAUGAAAUAGUCGAAAUGGACCAUGAUGACACUUCACUGAGCAGUACUUAUCAAAGAAUUUCAAAACAGGAAACACAUUUUAACAUCGUUACCCAACUGAACAUUACAUCAUCAAAGACAAUAGUUAAUGGUAAUAGAAAUGAGAAUGGUGUUGUAAUGGGUGGUAAGAGGAAUGGAGUAUCUACUUAUAAACUCGCCCAUAAGUUGUCGUCUGAAGUAGUAGAUAACUGUUACGAACGUUUGCUGCCUCUUGAAACUGUGGAUUUAAUCUCAACUUUUGACAAGACUUUCCCCAUUAAUCUUCUAUUCUCAAACGUUUACAUCUCAAGUUACCGCCCAAACAUUAUUAAAUGUUACAGGAUACUUUUGUGCUAUUUUAACAAGUUUGACGAAUUCCAAAAAGCGUACAAAUCAUUAAAAUAUAUUCUUUGUCCCAGUACACAUAGCUUUUCACAGACAUUAAAUCAAUGCACUCUUACUAAAUCAGCUGGAACUGAAGGAAAUACCGAUCUUCAUACCAGAUUAAACAAAUUUAAGAACAAAAGAGAUAAUUUUGAGCACAAAGUCAUACAUACAAGAGCAAAUAAAUAUAAGAGUUCAGGAGCAAAAGACCAUUUAGAAAGUACUGAUAUUGGAGUUACACAGAGGGGAAAUGUGUUUAAACCUCCCUUAAAUAGUUUGAAAUACUGGUUAAAAGAUGGUUUUAACGAAUUUGAAAAUGAUUUAAAAAGAUCAGGAAGCGACGGUACCCAAGGAAUGAGUUUCUCGAAUAAUACUUUGUCUGUUGAAUCUUUUGAUAUGACACAGGAAACUGAUACUAAGAUGAACACUCUUGUAAACCCUAUUUCGUCUGAAGCAUCUAACAAAACUUACUGUUUCGGAAGGCUUAAUGGGUGUGACUCUAUCUCGAAUUCUAUUCAUAAAAUAAUCUCUUCUUUUGUAUGGCUUAAGCCUAAGAUUUCCUGGGAAACAUUUACUAAGGACCGGGAUUUUAGCAAGAGUACGAUUCUUCACCGAGUUUGUAAAUUAAGGGACAUAUCCCUAGUUAAAUGUCUCUUGGCCUCAGGAUUUUCACCAAUUGUUGUUAACGAGUCUGGCGAUAUGCCUGUUCACAUCUCAGUUGACGCUAAAGAUCCUUACACUUUUCUAACAAUAUUACAAUACACUCUUGAAGAUCUUUUCUUAUACUCAUUUAACUCUGGUGAUAAUACUAUUAACACCGAGGAUACUGUUAAUAGUGACAAUCUUGGAGACAGUGAUAUAUUUGAAAUGUUUAUGAAAAGUUUAUGUGAGGGAGUGGCAAUGAGGCCUAAAAAUAGUAUUAAACAGUUUCAAAGAAGUGAAUUUAAGGAAUUUGAAGGAAUGUCUCGACAGUCUAUUAAAACGUUGUUUGAUGAGUUUUUGAUGUUAUUUGAGCAACUUGUGUACCGAAGCAUUAAGUCAAGUUCAUGGGAGUGUUUGAUCGCACUUUUGUCCUACAAUUCAGCAAUUACCUACCAUUUGAUUUCAAAUCCCUGCUUUAUGCACAGAUUUAUAAACUUUGCAACAAUGAUGAAUAACAAGGACUAUUUCAUCAAUACUGUCAACUUCACACUUACAAGCCUUUAUGACAAUCCCAAAAGCAAUACUGUAAAGGAUUCUGCCAAUUAUAAAAAACACAAUAAACGGAAUGAACAGUCAUAUUUUAAGGGCUGUGGAAUACCUCAUUCUGAUGUCAGGUUAAGUACCAAGGAGACUGAAUUAGGACCUCAAACUUAUCAUUUAGGGUCUGAUUCUUUCCUUUCUAGCUUGAUUGGAAAUUACAAUCGAUCACUGAAACCACGUGGAGAUAUCACGAAAACUUGGAUAAUAACUCACCCAACUUGUCUUCAUCAUUUGGCAAUUCCUGAGCCAACUGACUUUCCUAAUAAGCGGUAUAGACUUAUAAUGACUUAUCCUGAGAAUCCGACGAGACUUGAGGUGAUUAUCAGCAAUGAUAAUGGACUUUUGAGGAGUGAUACUUUGGAAAACGUUAAACUUAUUCACUCUCCUCCCCCAGCAUCUAUGGCUGAUGUUUUAAGGGUUCACGAUUGGGCCUAUAUAGACAAGCUGCUCGACCAGGUUCAAAUUGCCCAGAAACGCUGGGAUACUCAUCCGUAUUGGCCUGUUUUAGCCGAUGGUGAUACUCCAGUUACUCCCCACUCUUGGUCUGCAGCUCUUUAUGCCGCUGGUUCAGUGUUGACUGCGGUUGAUGCUGUGUGUACUAACCAGUGCAGGAACGCGUUUUGUGCUGUGAGACCACCUGGUCACCACCUCGGAACUUGGGGAGCUGCUCAGUCAAACAGCUACGAGGACGAAGAUUUUGCGGCUGGAUCACAAGGGUUUUGUUUGAUAAAUAACGUGGCUAUUGGAGCAGCUUACGCGAAAUAUAUGUACGCGUCUAAAGGAAUUCGAAGGAUUGCCAUCGUGGAUUUUGAUGUCCAUCACGGCAACGGCACUGAACAAAUCGUGAGAAAUAUCGGACCAAAAAACGUUAAAGUCAAUAUUGACCGUUUUAAUAUAAACACAGAACCCAACCUUAUCUCCAAAGAACCUAAUAAUCAACACAUUAUACAUAAGAAAUGGUUUGGAUGGCGUGAUGAAAAUGACAGAGAUGAGGUGUUAUUCGCAUCGAUUCACGCUUAUGACGGCAUUUUUUACCCAGGAACUGGUUACCAGAGCAUUGUUUACCAGGAAGAAAACCGGCCUAACAUAAUAAACGUGGCCGUUCCUGAGGGUACAACCUCAGCUGAGUUUAGGCUGCUUUUUGAGACUAAGAUAUGUCCAUAUUUGUAUCACUUCAAACCUGACCUUAUCUUCAUCUCUGCAGGAUUUGACGGUCAUUACAGGGAUUCUGUGAGCUAUGGAUUCACACGUUAUACCGAGAAGGACUUUAACUACGUAACUGAGCUCCUGGUUACUGUAGCUAACACCGUUUGCGAAGGAAGAAUAGUGAGUGUUCUCGAGGGGGGCUACAAUACUAAACUGAGUACAUUGUCACCAUUUGCAAGGUCAGUUCUGGAACACGUUACUGCCCUUAGUAAUACUGGUAGAAACAGGAAAUAUCCAUUUGUAUAUGGUGAAAACAUGCUUAAGCACCUGUUCUCACCAGUGGUUAAGACCCUAGAAUCGAAUCAAAAAUCAAAAAAUUCUCACUCCUAUACCAUUCCUUCUUUGUCAAAUUCCGUUACAAACCCCGAGAACUGCUGUAAACUGAAACAAAUGAAGCGAAAUAUGAACGCAGCGUUGGUGUUAAAGGCUUAUAAACUUAAGGUUAAAACUGACCUUUUGACCUCGAAACUGUACUCAAAAUGUUCUAAAUUCUGUAACCACAAAAGACUCCUCAAAUUCGACAGGUCAAACAUGGCCACAAAGUUCGUCUUUGAGUUUUACGGCAACGUCUUUUACUCAUUCUACUCAAAAUUCUUUUAUACACUUUUCGGAGUCUCGCCCACUCUAAAACCCUCCAACAUUUCCACAAAUAACUCAAUUAAUAAUCAUAACACAGCUAACCCUAUAAAUGGUGUUAUUACUAAUGGUGGAUUUGAAAAUAGUGUUAUUACUUAUAAUUCACUAUUGACGUCAAUUGGUAAGGAAAAUGGGAGAGAUAUUGUUUUAAAUUCACUUGAGGAUUUUGUAGUUUCAAGUUUACAAAUUCUCGAUUCUAUUUAUAAUCAUCUUGUUAAUACCACCAGUACCAGUAAUAACACUGUUAAUACUCCUGAUAAUUCUGAUAAUAGUUUUAUUAAUUUAGAAAUGGUGAAUGAGGUUAAAGAAGUUGAGAGUAGAGAUUUGGACGAAGUGUUGAUGAAUUUAACGGCCGUUUACCACUUUAAAGAGUCUGAAGACUUAAUAUCACUGAACUCGUGGGCUGCAAACGAGAAACUAUCAGCUCUUAACAGGAACUUGGAAAUAGUUACAAGACUCGAGAACUUUUACUCCAAGUUCUCCUACCUAUUCGAUAAGGAAUGCCUCAUUCACUAG